ACUGACACCGCCUUUCUUUGCUUGAGCAUAGCGUUAUACCCAUGAUUCGAUGAGUCGUAAUCCCACGGAAAUUCCAUCUUCUUUUGACCCUGCUCUUCUUUAUUCCGACUUUGACCCCGUACCGAAUUCCCAUUCAGACGAUCUUGAGGCAAUCCAGGCGUGCAUCGCAGAGGAUAGGGCCAGGAAAACCAACAAAGGCGUUGUCAUUCAACACCGGGCCUGGAAACUUACGGACGUCUUCAGAAGUGAAGGUCAAGAUAGCGUUGAUACGCCGUUAAAACACCAUACACGCCUCCUGGUCCAGCGCAUACCCGCUGAUAUAUCCACCGACGGACUACCGCCACUGUCUUCGCCUCCUGUCCUCGCUAUGCCGCUCAUCUCAUCGCCAAUCGCAUACCCACCGAGCUCCUCGAUACCCCAUGCCACGACACCACAGAAGCGGAAGCGGCCGAUUGAGGUGCGGAGCCCGUUGAGAGAUGUGCCGAACAAACAGAUUGCCCGCAAGUUUGGGGCUUUUGUGGACGACUCGGAUGACGAAGAUGACAUCGCGGCGCUGAAAGAGCAUUCCUUGAAGCGGAUAGCGGUCGAUAGUGUCAGAGAACUCCCUUCGGCGCCAAGAGAGCUUACAGACUACACACCGCCUGCCAGUCAGGACGAGAUCGCCGAUGCAGAAGAUGUGCCAGUGGAAGCGCUCGAUGCGUACUUCGAGCCGCAACCGCAGACAAUACGUCUACCACUGCACCGUGCUCCUGCCUCUGCACAGCCUAUGCGUGGCACAGUAGCGCGGAAUGCAGCAGGCAAAACGAUUUAUAUUGCCAAGAAGGCAAAGAGGGAAGCCGUAUCUUUCGAGGAGCUGAUCGCAGCACGGUCAGAGGCCGUAGAAGGGAGGGCGAGGACAAGCUACUACGGCAUCGACAUCCACUCCUUGAUAGAUGAGGCAAAGGCUGAAGAUACAGCAAAAGCAUCUAUGCAAGUUCGGGAAAUCGAAAGUAUGACCCACCAGUCAAUUGAGGGGCCAGAUAUCACGGCUAGCAAGAGCAAUCGCACGCUCAUGUGGACUGAGAAGUACAGAGCAAAGAAAUUCACAGACUUGGUUGGAGACGAGCGCACGCACCGCUCGGUUUUGCGUUGGUUGAAAGGCUGGGACCCGAUCGUUUUCCCUGGCUCUGCUAAGGCAAAGUCCAAGAGCUCGAAGAAAGACUUUGGGGAAGAGGAGCAGAGGCAUCGCAAGAUUCUGCUUCUGACAGGUCCGCCAGGACUAGGCAAGACCACACUGGCCCAUGUCUGCGCGCGGCAAGCUGGCUAUGAAGUCCAAGAGAUCAAUGCAUCAGAUGAGCGCAGUCGAGAUGUUGUCAAAGGCCGCAUUCGAGACAUGGUUGGGACAGAAAAUGUCCGUGGCAUCAGCUCCAACACUGCAAAUGGAAAGGUGCGCAAGGCUGGCAAGCCAGUCUGUGUAGUAGUCGACGAGGUUGAUGGUGUAGUAGGCGGCAGCAGUAGCGGCGGCGGAGAUGGCGGCUUCGUCAAGGCCCUUAUUGACUUGAUCAAUCUCGAUGAGAAGAACUCGAAGACAGCCGGACAACAGUCGUCAGCAACGGGUGCAAAGAAGAAGAAAGGUGACAGGUUCAGAUUGUUAAGGCCGCUCAUUUUGAUCUGCAACGACUUCUAUCAUCCUUCUUUGCGCCCGCUACGGCAGUCAUCGUUUGCCGAGAUUGUGCGUAUUCGCCAACCGGCCUUGAACAUGGUGGUCACUCGGAUGCAAGACAUCUUCAGCAAAGAAGGUUUUCAGUGCGAUUCAGAUGGUGUACGCCGACUUUGCGAAGCUACAUGGGGCGUCAGUACAAAGAAGGAAGGCGGCACUGGCAGUGGCACCGGCGAAGGUGAUAUCCGAGGAGUCAUGGUCAUGGCGGAAUGGGUAGCAGGGCGGCUGAAGACAUCGCACAGCCUGAAGACUAAAGAGAAGCCACAUUUGACGAAAAAAUGGAUCGAGGACAACUUCAUCAAUGACUUGAAGCACGGUGGUGGAGCAGCGCGCAGCCUUGGGCGCGGGGGUACAAAGGACGUUGUCACCCGAGUAUUCAAAGAAGGUGCUGGCUUCCCCAAGCAAGCUGAGACAACAGAUGUGCGAACGGCUGCUGCUCGAGCAAAGACGGGGGUCGUUGGCGUUGCUGAGGCAGCAAAGCGGCGAGCAAUGGACCGUCUUAGAGAAAUGAUCGACACCAGCGGUGACUGCGACCGCAUUGUGACUGACUGCUUUACUGCCUACCCUGAGAAACCUUUCCAGGAUGACACUCUCCUCAGCAAACCUACUGCCGCUUAUGAGUGGCUCCACUUCCACGAUGCACUCUCUUCCGCCGUUCACAGCUCGCAGGAAUGGGAGCUGUUCCCCUACCUCUCCCAGUCUGUCCUUGCAUUCCACAACUUAUUUGCAUCGCCUCGCCGCGAAGCCUCAAACCCAACAGCAGACGCGGAUGCGCAAUCGCUGCCUUUCUCUGGGCCGGGCGCGAACUUUGCUGCAGCCGAACAACUCAAAGCCAGUCGAGCACAACUCAUGGGUCUUCAGUCCUCAUUGAGCCUGCCACUAACAAGGUUGUUCAGGAGCCCAGAAGAGAUGGCCAAAGAGCUGAUCCCUUACACACUUCGUAUGCUCUCGCCAGACGUCAAGCCUGUCAUUGUAAACACCGGCCCUGCUGGGUCAAAGUCGAACGCUACAGCUGCUGUGCGCAAGUCGUCCGAGAAAGCGCUUGUCAAGAAAGCCGUUGAGGCCAUGGCAGCGACUGGUGUGCGCUUUGAACGCAGUAGAGUCGAAACUGAAGACCCGAUGAACCGCAGUGGUGGUUUCGUGUUCCGGAUGGAGCCUUCUCUCGACACUCUUGCGAAUUUCGAAACACUAACGGGCAAGGCCGAUGACAAGGUGCGCUAUGCAGUUCGUAGCGUGCUGGAGAUGGAGUGGAAGAAAGAGUCUGCACGUAUUGACAUGGACAACCGAAAGCGGCGAGGCGGGCAAAAUCACGAAGAUCUCAUAGAGCCCGAGGAGAAAGAAGAGGACGUUGCGAAGAAACUUGAUGCAGCGAACAAGCAAGCGGUAAAGCGCGACUUCUUUGGCAGGGUCAUCAAAGAGAAGCCACUGCUAGAAGGCGAAGUGAGGCAAAAGACAAAGCUAGAAGGCGACGAGGAUCGCAUUUGGGUCAGUUUCCACGAGGGUUUCAGUAAUGCGGUAAGGAAGCCGAUUACAAUUGAUGAACUCUUCAGAGGACUAUAG